GGAAUUACAGUCCAAUCUCUUCCCUUCGGCAGACAGACACUGCCAAAGCUCUGAUCAUGUGACUUGCUUGCUUUAGGAGCACGUGGACAAGGUAGAAAGAAGGAUCUUCCGGGUCUCAAAAGCAGGAUGCUGCAGAGGAUAGUGCGCCCCUUGCGGCUGGCCGGCCACACCCUCUCUGUGGCUCGAAACCUCCACCAGUCUCCCAGGAGCCACAUCCCUCUUAUUCCUAUUGUGGUAGAGCAGACGGGCCGUGGUGAGCGAGCCUAUGACAUCUACUCCCGCCUUCUGAGAGAGCGCAUUGUGUGUGUGAUGGGCCCGAUCGAUGAUGGUGUUGCAAGCUUGGUCAUUGCACAGCUGCUUUUCCUGCAGUCGGAAAGCAACAAAAAGCCCAUUCAUAUGUACAUUAACAGCCCAGGUGGUGCAGUGACAUCAGGACUGGCAAUUUAUGACACCAUGCAGUACAUCCUCAACCCCAUCUGUACGUGGUGUGUGGGGCAGGCAGCCAGUAUGGGAUCUCUGCUGCUGGCCGCGGGAUCGCCAGGCAUGCGCCAUUCGCUGCCCAACUCCCGCAUCAUGAUCCACCAGCCCUCGGGCGGAGCACGGGGCCAGGCUACAGACAUUGCCAUCCAGGCUGAGGAAAUCCUCAAGUUGAAGAAACAGAUCAAUGGCCUCUACGCCAAACAUACCAAGCAGGCCCUGGAUGUGAUUGAGAAUGCCAUGGAGAGAGAUCGUUACAUGAGCCCAGUAGAAGCCCAGGAGUUUGGGAUCUUGGACAAAGUGCUCGUCCACCCUCCACACGAUGGAGAAGAUGAGCCAGAGCUGGUACAGAAGGAGCCACCUCCUGCAUCUGCUGCCGCCUCUUCCUCAGCUGAACCCUGAGGGACCAGCGGCUUCACUGGAUGCUUGUUGCAUCAGGAAUGAUUCCAGCAGUGCUGAUACCCUGGAUUCAGGAUGGGACUUCCCCGCCAUCUGUCUAUUUGGACUCCUUGGAAGAGCCUGGGGAUGUUGGGAUCUGAGUAGGCCUGCUCUUAACGAGUGUCCCAUUGGUAGCUGGCCAGCUGUGUUCUUAGGAGCUGGUCUCUUGCCUUUUGCUCCACAGAAUCUGAUCUCUGUCCGUAGCAAGAUGUGUCCUUCCCCACUCCCCCACCCCCUCACAAUUAUAGCAUUGUUUAACGGAGUGAUGGUUUUAGAUUAAACUUUGAGCUUUGCACUGUCAA